AAACCUGAAGCCUGCUUUCAAAAAAAAAAAAAAAAGACCAAAACCUAAAACCCUUCCUCUGUUAAACCCUAAUGACCGUUUAUUUCUAGAAGUUCUUUUUUUUUUUCUUUUGACUUUGCCCUUUAAUGGAGGAAGCAAUUUCUGCCUCUAGCAAGCAAGUUGCAGUAAUGGGAGGUGAUAAUGAUACUGAAAGUGAGUUUGAGGGAGAGCAAGAGGAAGGGGUUCCUAAAACAGCUGUUCUUGAGUUGACCCUUCAAGCUAAACUGAAUGAAUUGUUGCAUAAGAUUAAAUCUAUUGAAAUCAAAUUGUUUUCAGAUGCUACCAAAGAGUUUGUUAAGUUGCUCAAAAGUGAUGCUGGAGCUGAAUUGCUUCGUCACUAUGUCCAAACUUCUCCUUCCUUGUCGGAGCUUCUAGAAGCUUGGAAGCUCCGACAGGGAAAACCUGGAAUGUCCUAUGUUUUCUCAUUGAUUUCGGCUAUUUUGUGUCAUCCUGAUGGGAGAAGAUAUAAUGAUAAAUUGGGUGUGAGUAGGGUGCUUGAUAAGUUUGCUAGAUUGAUUGUUGAUGAAAAGUUGGAGGAUGUUUAUAAGGAAUUGAAUAGUAAAGAUGGGAAACGUCAAAAUGCUGCACUUUUGUUGAUGGGUUCAGUUGUCAGGCGUGGUUCCUGGUUGGCUUCUGAGGUUGCAAAGAAAUUUGACUUCAAACUCCUGGGUUUUCCCAAGCUUUCUGAGUAUAAAAGAAGAAAGCAGAUUGAUAAGAAAAAGCAUUCGACUAGAAGGUCAUUUGUUGGGUUUGCUAUGUCAUUUUUGGAGAUGGGGAAGCCAGGGUUAUUGAGGUGGGUCUUGCAACAAAGGGAUAUGUAUUCUGGUGUAUUGAGAUGCCUUGGAAAUGAUGAUGAUGAAACUAUUAUGUAUAUUUUGGCUACAUUGCGUGAUAGGGUACUCAUAAAAGAGUCAUUAGUGCCCCCUGGUCUUAGGAGCGUGCUCUUUGGCAGUGUUACUUUGGAGCAACUGGUGAACAUUUCUGGAAGGGAGAAUGGUGGGGUUGCUGCAGAACUGGCCUACAGUGUUCUUCUCAUGGUUUGCACUGAUCCUAGUAAUGGGUUGAUGCCUGAUUUAGACAGAAAACCUAACCCAUUAAAGGGUAAUCCAACGAGACUAUUAGGUGUCAUGAAAAAGCUAAAAGCAACAGAGGUCAGCUACCAUAAGGACUUACUUCUUUUUACUCUUAAGGGGAGACCAUCCUUGGCUGCAGCUUAUAUGAAUGAGUUCCCAUAUAGUGUUGAAGAUCAUGCAUCACCUACUUGGUUUUCUACUAUUUCUCUGGCGGCAAGCUUGAUCUCAUCAGUGGCCAUGGGAAAUCCAUUUGGUUUUCUUGAUGCAAAAUCUGAUCCACCUUUGUUUGAUAGUGCAGACGUGCAGGACAUUGUUAAUUGCAUAUGUCCUCGUCCACUCAGCAGAUCUGUAGUCACCAAGGGUUUGCUUCACUCUGAUUUUUUUGUGAAGCAUGGAGCCUUAAGGCUCCUUUUGGAGGCGCUGAAGUUGUUGGAUUCCUUCAUCAGUUCUUUGAACCACUUUUCUUGUGUGAGAAAUCAGUUGAAGGAAAGUUGGGUAUCGCUGAAGCAAGCUGUUCAGAAUGAGGUCCGAACUUUGCUCCCUGAUACACAGGUCUUGUUGACACUACUUUCUUCUCUGGGUAGUCAUGGUAGAACUCCCAAGUCUUCUUUGAAGAGGAAGCCUGGUUUAGAAAAAUUUCCAGCAAAUAGCAGUUCAAAGAAAUUGAAAGGUGGUGUUCCAAAGGAGGAUUCAGACAUUAUUGUAGGUGGAAUAAGUUCAGUUCCUGACAUUUCCAUGCCUGAAGAUCAUGACAUGGUUGCAGAUGAUCAUAUGACAGAUGAGUUGGACACAGAAAAGGAAUUUUUGAAUGUCAUUUCAGAAAUUUGGGGUUUAUGCCUCAACUCCAGCCCUUUUAUGGAAUUAAAAGAUGUGGAGAUGUACUUCUACUCUAAGCUCGUUGACACUCUCAAGAUAUAUCUCCGGGCUGUACCAACCAUAUUAGAGGGAUCAUUUGAUUUCUUCAUGAAUCUUCUGAGCAAUCCAUCAGCAUUACCCAUAAAUCUGCAGUGUUCUCUUCUUUCUUUGCUAAUUGAAUACAUAGGAUGGUCUCCAGGGAAUGGAAAAUCUAAUAGUAUCCCGUUACUGAUGUACAGGCAUCUGCAGACGUUCAUUAACUUGCUAAUACUCUCACCAAAUAGUGAGAUAAAGAAUCAAGCAUAUAUUCUGGCAAGAGCUGCUAUGUUGAGUACUGGUGCCUUUGACAGAAACCUGUGUGAGAUUGAUGCAUGGUUCUUAUUUUUGCCAGGUUAUCUUAGAACUAAAUCACCUAUUGAGAUGCAAGCAGUAGAAGUGCUUCAGAGUCUGUCUGGAGUUGUUAUCUCAUUCUUGGGUGAUGCAAUUUCUACCAUUGGGAAUAAUCUGUUCAAGCAUUGGGAUAUUGUUAGGCAACAUAUAUCCUGCUUAAAAGGCUUUAAAGGUGCAGUUAUAUCACCUAACUUUAGCCCUCUCACUAUAUGUGCCCUCGAUAAGUGUCUAAGAUUGCUCAAUUCCUCAUCUGGAACCUUUUCAUUAUCUGAGAAGUCUAUGAUAUCCUUGUAUGUAUGCAAUACAUUGAAGUAUGUCUUGCAGAUACAGGUAGAUGCGGGAUUAUUGUCUGAUUUAAUUCAAUCAGUUUUAUCCAAGGGACUUGGUGAUCAGCAUUCCAUGGUUUACGAUUCUGGGGAUUUCUUAUGUGAGUGGAGGCCAUUGAAGAGCUUAUUAUAUUUCUCUCAAAAUGCAUUGCAUCAACAACCUCAGUACUUCCUUUCAGUUGACAAAACUGCGAUCGCUAAUGAUAGUUCUUUUGCAAAUACACUUGGCGAAGUGAAAAAAAUUAUUACAAAUGAGCAUGGUGGUGAAGUAACUGGAAUAGUUAAAGCCUUUUAUUCUGCAAUGCUAUGUGCAACACUGGAGGAUCUAUUAAUGAAUUUCCCUUUGGUAAUGACUAUUUCUCUGAAGCUUGGAGUAGCUGUCCCUCUAUUGUCAUCAGUAAUAUUUAGUGAGCAAAAUUUUCUCGUUGGCAUUUCUAAUUUAUGGCCUGAAGUGUUUUUUCCUGGUCUGGAAUUGGCUUUGAUGAUGAUCCAUCAAAAAGGCAAUGAUGAUGCUGAAGGAAUGCCCUCUAACAUUGAUUUUGAUACGAUAGAAUCAGCUGCCACAGCAUUUGGUUUGCUUUUGAAGCAGGUUCCAUUUCACAUUUUAUUUUCUUCACUUAUAACCAUUCAUGCCCUUUAUUUAUCUGAGCACUCCAAAAUACAGGACUUGCUAUUGGCUAAAAGGUCAGAAUGGACUAGUGAUUAUCUCAUUUCCUGUCUGCGCCUUGUAUUAUUUUGGCUUUAUCAUGCACGUUCUUUUUAUAGAAACAAACAACUAACUGAACUGGAACAACUUUCUGAUACAUGUUUGAUUCUUGUUAAGAACAUGUUUUCGCAACUGUUGGCUUUAAAGCCUGAGUUUGAAUGUUCAACGGGUAGUGAGGUUCAUUUGUCAGUAGAAACAAUAAGAGAAGUGGCAGAAACCAUCUUAUGUCAUCCUGAAGUGAUGUCAUCUCUGACUUGCCCAUUGAGCUGGAAUAAGGAGGAGAGUCAAAUGGCAACAGGACUCUUAGGGAAUGCUUUGGAUAAUUUUCUGAGUUUAUCUAGGCAAAGACUUCCUAAAUUAGAUCGUCAAGUCCUCGAUCUGUUGACUGCAACAUUGGACUACUACUUAACUGUUUCCAGAAGACAUUAUUCUGUCAUUGAUGAUGGAGCAAAAAGGACAUUUCGAAGGGCUUUCAGUUCCCUGGUACAAAGGCUCUUUCUAGACAUCAGGGACAGGUUUGAUUUGCGCAUUGCUAGCGGAAAUUUUCAGCCACUUCUAUCGUCAUUUUGUGCUGUUCAUGCUUUGAUUGAAUCUUUAUCCCCUUUUGAGCUUCUUGAUUUGGGGCAUUGGAUGUUUAGCAGAAUUGAUGUGAAUGAACUGACAGUUGAAAAAUUUCAUGUAAAGGUGGCUCUGUCUGUUAGUUUUUCAAUUGCUGUUGGUGCUUUUGAAGUUCUGUCCACUUAUUUGCAGCAGCCUCUAAUAAAGAGAGUACCAUAUGAUUUCUUAUGGGAAGUGGAAGAGAAGACUUUUGAUGUAAACCUUUUGGAGGAUAUUUAUGUUAAAGCUUGUAAAAUUGCCUGUAAUUUCAAAUUAGAUUUUGCUGAUUCGUGCUUACUAAGAGCUGUUAGUGCUGUGUAUAGGCAAAAAACCAUGCAUCAUGGUGAACUUCAUCCAUCAAGCAUAGCAAUGUCAAGGGCUAUAAUCAGCACUCCUGUAGAAAUGGUUUCUCAUUGUAUUUGUAGGACCAGCACUGUAAAAGCUAAACUGUUGCAUCUUGUUAUUGAGAUGAGUCCCCUGCAUCUGUCAAUCUUUGGGCAAUUAUUUUUAAGCAUGUUAAACAAAAAUUUUCUUUCCAAUGGUAUUUUGAUGGAAGAAGUCUCUAUCUAUGCCCUCUCAGAUCAGGAUUAUAUGGUGCUCCUUCCUGCUGCUUUGUCAUUGGUAAAUGCUGCUUUUGUGAAAUUUGAGAAGCAUUUUUAUCAGCAUUUUAAAAGUAUACCAUCUUUUUAUUCGAGGAUUCUGUUGAACGGUUUCAUGCAUUGGAAGAGCUUUGUGUCUAGUGAUAUAUUUGAGGAGGAUUACAGCAAGACCUUGCCAUCUUCUGCUGAAGAACUAUUUAAUCUGGUUGAUGGAAGUGUUCUCAGGAAAUCAAUUCACAUGUUGAGAUAUCACUUUCUCUUAAGUGGAGAUUCCUUGAAACUGAAAAAGCGAUUGGAGCUCUUCAAUUCCAUUUUUGCAUGUUCUGUUACACCUGAAGAACUGAUUGAGUGUGAUGCUACUGAAAUGGAUUUUAAUUCAGUUAACAAGUCAUUGAAUCAUAUUAAUAAAGUUAUAGCCAAAAUAUCGUUCUGCAGGAUGCUGUUGUUUCCAGAAGAUGAUAAACUUCUGUUCAUGCCUGAAGAAGCAGAUGAAGGCUUCAAGGAAGCCUCAUUAAUAUCAGGGUCUAAUAAAGUGGACUCAUCAAGAAAGCAUUUUCUAAAUGCUUUAGUGGGUGCAUGGCAAUGGAUGGUUAAGAAAUUACCUUUAGUUCAUGAGUAUCCAACAUCAAUAAUAGCAAGUGGUGGGGAUUGCCUAUGCUUGUACAGAUGUUUCGAAGUUUUCAUCUUGAGAAGUAUUCUUCAACUGACCAGCAAAAUGCAUAGCUAUCUAGUUCAGUUGCAAUCUAUUCCUUUUGUAGAACAAUUAAUGAGAUCCACUCUCCUCCACAGAUUUGAAGAUUCCAAAACACUGAGAAUUCUAAGAAGCAUCCUCUUAUUGCUGUCAGAGGGAAAAUUUUCACGUGUUCUAUGCCUUCAAAUGUUGCUUGGUCACUCUCAGUUUGGCCCUAUGAUUCACUCUAUCUCUAAAUCAUCUCUCUCGGAGACUGGUACAUUUUUUAGGCCUUUGUCCAGUAUUCUGAGGUUGCUUGUUACCCCUCCUAUCCCUUCAGAUAUGAUGGAUGGCAAGGAUGACCAGGAGACAGCUGAAAUGUGUAUGAAGCAGUUAGAAAUUCUUAAGAUACUGAGAAUACUUCUCCAGUCUGGUUUUGAUUCUGGAAAUGAUAAUGGCAUAAACCUUAAAGAAUUGCAUUUGUUGCUGUUGUCUUCUUAUGGUGCUACACUUGGUGACAUUGACUUGGAGAUAUACAGUCUGAUGAAUGUGAUUGAGUCAUUUCAUUCAUCUGGAUCUGAAUAUAUUACAGAAAUGGAUUACCUUUGGGGCAGUGCUGCUACAAAAGUAAAAAAAGAGCACCUGCUGGAGCAUGGUGCUUCUACUGAUACCAUGACUGAUACUGAAGCAAUUCAAGAAGGUCGAAAAAUUAAGUAUAGGGAGAAUCUUCCAGUUGACCCAAACGUAUCUGCUGCAACAGUGUUGCAUUUCCCUUAUGAUAGAACUGCCACUGAAGAGCAUUUAUCCUCGAACAAAUUUCAAACUGAUAAUCUUAUGGACAUGAUUGAGCUAUGUUCUCCUGGUACAGGAAAAAUUCUGCGGUAUGAUCCUGUUUUUAUCAUGCACUUUUCAAUUCAUAGCUUGUCAGCUGGCUAUAUUGAACCAGUGGAGUUCACUGGUUUAGGCUUGCUUGCUGUUGCAUUUGUUGGUAUGUCUUCUCUUGAUGUUGGGAUGAGAAAAUUGGCAUAUGAAGUUCUUGCAAGAUUCAAGAUUUCACUGGAGGGGUGUCAGAAGAAAAAAGAUGUUAUUCGACUUCACCUGUUGUUGACGUAUAUGCAAAAUGGAAUAGAAGAGCCAUGGCAAAGAAUCCCUUCUGUUAUAGCCCUUUUUGCCGCAGAGGCCUCAUUGAUUUUGUUGGACACUUUGCAUGAGCAUUAUUCAACCUUAAAUAAGCUGUUGAUGGACUCUUCUAGGGUGAAUAUAAAGCAAAUACCCCUGUUCCAUGAUUUUUUCCAUAGCAGUGCUGUUAACUACAAGGCAAAGCGGCUCUGGAUACUUCGGCUAGCCUUUGCUGGGCUUAAUUUAGAGGAUGAUGCUUGGUUAUAUAUCAGGAGCUCUAUUCCAGAGACUCUGAUGAGCUUUUAUGUUUCCCCUCUUUCAGAUGUUGAGUCAAAGAAAUUGAUUCUUCAGGUUCUGAAAAGGUCUGUCCAGUUGCAUGAAAUGGCUCAUUAUCUGGUCGAACACUGCAGUUUGUUUCCAUGGUUGUCAUCUAUUCUAUCAACUUAUAGCAGGGUGCUACUUGGAGAUGAAAAGAAACUUUUCUUAACUGAGCUGGCUGUGGUUAUAGAGAUUGUCAGUGUGGUCAUUUCAUCGAACGAUAUCGCCAAAUGGUUGCAAAGCUGUGCCCUUGAACAGCUGAUGGAACUUACAUCUCAUCUAUAUAAACUUCUAGUUGGUGGCAUGAAGUUGAUAAAUGAAUGUGCUGCUUUCAUCAAUCCAACUUUACAGAUUAUCAUAGCAACUUUAAAGAUGUCCCAGAACAGGCAAAUGUACCAGCCUCAUUUUACCCUAUCGCAUGAGGUUUUAUUUCAAAUCUAUCUUGCUGUUAGUGAGGAUGACAUUGGAGGAUCUAGUGCAAAUGCCAAGUGUGCACUCGAGGCUAUACUUUUGAGCGGACCUCCUUUUGACAUUUUCUGCAUGAAUCGAGAGAACAUCCCAAGUUUUCUUAUGUGGGCUGCUUCUACUGCCUUGAAGUCCUAUUCUAGAAAAUUAUUUCAGUGCCAAGAAUCUGGUCUCCAUGUCCCAAUAGUCUCAAAGGAGGCAUCACACAAGGAGUCCUUCACAUCAAAGUUUUUACGCUGGCUUACUGCUUCUAUAAUUCAUUGGAAGCUUUCUUUGAAUUCUAACAAUUCGACUGCCAAGUUGUCAGACCGAUCUAACUUGAAAACUCUUCAGUCUUUGGUGGAAUAUGUCGCAGAGGGGGAUAAAGAAGGCAACAAAAGUAGCUUUGACUUGGAGGAGAUGUUAGCAGCCCAAAUCUUUUAUCUUCAGCAGUCUCUUGGCAUAAAUUGUAGUGCUCUUCCAUCAGUUGUCUCUGCACUUUGUCUCCUACUUUGUGAUCAUUCCAAGUUCUCAGGAUCAGACUUCAUGCAUGACUGUAGGACUUCAAUGUUGACCCUAUGUUCGAAGAUACGCUGUCCUCCUGAACUUAAUCCUGCUUGGAGAUGGUCAUUUGAGCAUCCAUGGGAGGAUCAGUCAUCUCAACUUAAUGAUUUGGAGAGGAUUGAUGAGCUUCACGCCUGCCAAUCGCUAUUAUUGAUUAUCUCAAAUGUGCUUCGGAAGAAGUCUUCAGAUUUUCAGGCUUUAUCACUGCAAGAUGUAGACAACUCUGGUGCAUUUAAAUGGGAAAGAAGCAUUUUGGAGACUGAAUGAUAUUUCUAUCUAUAACAUUUUAUAGAAAAACAUACGACGGGGUACUGUGGAAGUUAUGACUUCUAAUGUUGACACGUUAAAGCCUUUGUAUUUUUAUUUUCUUUUAAUCGUUUGGGUGGUGAUGCCAUGGGAGAAGGUAAGGAGAAAAGAAAGAAAAUGAGAGAAAAAGAAGAGGACAGAAAGGGAAAACAAAUGUAUUUUUUCAUGUAUUUAAAAUAUUUAAAUGAUAAUAAAAAUUACUUUUAUUUAAA